ACGGAUAUAAUUAUAAACAGCUGGAUGACAGGACACAGUAUGGCCGUCAAAAGACUGACUAUGGUCUGCCUGCUGGUUUCUGUGUGUGUUGACUGUUUCGCCAACGUGGUAGAAAUGUCCAAGUUUUGUGGAUCAUCUGUGAACGUUACUGGCCCGGGAGAACUGGUUUGGAUUGACUACACUUCCAACACGGACUGCACGGUGGCGCUCGUGCCUCAUCGCAAAGAUGUCUACAUCACUCUACACUUUGACCAAGUGGACAUAGAAGGAGGCUUUUUCUGUUACGACAAAAUCUACAUUUGUGGUCACAGACCGUGCACCCCCCAUACCGCUGACCUGAUGGUCUGUUCGGGCCGUACCGGGGGGUUUAAUGGUGCUACCGGCGGGACCGUGUACGUGCGUCUCCUGACCAACCACGCCGUCACCGGAUCCUUCACUUUACAUUACUAUCUCAUCAAGGAUCCUGCAUUUAUGUACAGGUCAAAAGGAUCAGGGCUCACUAAAGACCGUAAAAUCCUGGAGGCCGGCCUUGGCGUGGUCUUUAUGAUGGUGGCUGUUGGAUGCUAUCUUCUCGUCCGCUGGCAAACCAGGAGGAACAGACAGGGUGUCAAUGAUGAAGUGACCACCUCCGAUAUACCACAGGACAACCUGUACUUAGACCCACAUUCGUCAAUGAGUCAGGGAGGGGAAUUAGGGUUGGAGGAGGUUGGAUCAAACCGGAGUGUCCAUUCUGUUGGGACCAGUGCCUCUGAUAGUGAUGGUAGUGACUCUGCAGAAAUCAGUCCACCGCCAACAUACGAAGAGGUUAUGGGCACGCCCUCCUCCCACACUAGCGACCAUUAUGUUAAUGUGAACGUCCCUGCACAUGCCACAAGCAGGGAGCUAGAUGCAUCAAGUGGACAGCAAAGCGAUGAGAGAAAAGGUGUUACAUCUAAGUAAAACUGAUAUGUGUUGUCAGAGAAAAGCCACAGAUCACUUGUUUUGGCCA